UUGGUCACGUUUGUUUGUUACUUUUUAUUUAGCAUUUUUUAUUUUAUUCAAGAAACUGGAAGUAUAUUAAUAUUGCUGUUACUCAGAAAAGACAUCAAGGAAACCUUAUUGAAGGAUAUAAAAUUUUUGGUAUGGUUCCACAUCUAGGAUGCAAAUGGUGGAAGCAUCUAUAUUGUCAUGGUCCGUCAUGUUGUCCUGGUCAGAGAAUUAAGUGUACCAUUUCCAUCUGGACAUGAAGCAGAAAUAGCAUAUAAUUCUUUAAGGGUGGAUUCUGAACCAUUAAGAGGUGGAGUGAAGAAGAAUUUCAUAUUAGAAAAGAAUUUGUUAAAAGUAACCUUCAAAGCAAAAGAAGCAAGACAGUUACGAGUCAGCGUGAAUUCUUUUAUGGACUUUCUUUCUCUAGUAAUUGAUACUAUGGAUAGAUUUGGAUGAUUAUUUUCUGUAUAUAUUUAUUUGUUUUGUUAAUUAUUAACUGUGUUUAACUUUAUAUAUGUGUAUAUAAUCAAACAUGUAAGAAUUUGGAAGAAUCAUAUUUGUAAUUAAGAACAUCAAUUAUAAAUACAUUGAAAAAG